UGUUGGGUAGUUAUUUUCCUGCAAGAAAAGCUUUGCACGGUACCGCACACGGGAUUUAUCCGCUAUUCCUUCUGCCACUGCGGUUUUCUUACAGAUUCCCUAAACUACAAAACUAUCAUUAGCGAAUGCUAGUGGAAAAGGCAUUUAAGCAGAAGGCUUAAUACAUCGAACUUUUUGUUGAAAAUUUGCAGCGCAGUGAUUUUCUUUAAGAUUUAAUGAGACUUGACUAGCGCAUCCUGCUAGCGCGCUAGCACUCCUGUAGCUAAAUAACAAUAGCUAACUAGCUAGAAAUAAUUUUACGCAGUAAGCUAUCAAAUAAGUAACGUCAGUUUACAUGCCAGAUUUGGAGCAUUUUAGAUUUUCCUACAGUAGUAUGAAUCCUUUGCUGGGAGCGAACGUCUUUCUUUUCCAACAGCAGAACCAAAGUCCGAGCCAGCCGGAUUCACCAACAGGCCUACUGCCCGAUUCGGUUUUCGGCGCCCCUGACCCAUCCUUCUUCAUUGGCGAACAUCCCGGAUUGGUCCCAGAAAAUUUACCUGGACUUGACUUCUCCGCACUACCACCCACCGGGCUUGCAUACCAGCAUCUCAACAACUCCUUUUAUCGUCCACCGCCAGCACCUGCCGCAAUGGCCUUGCGAAAUGACCUGGGUUCAAAUAUCAGCGUUUUAAAGACCCUGAAUUUACGUUUCCGCUGCUUUUUGGCUAAGGUUCAUGAAUUGGAGAGGCGAAACAAGAUUUUGGAAAAGCAGUUACAACAGGCAUUGGAAAAUAACGGUGGAGGCAACGGAGGUGUAGAAGGGAAGAGACCGGCCACCAAAGAAAUGGGUGUACAGACGGGUUUUGUGGGGCCUAUCCCGAUCAGACCAGGUGCUGUCCCGUUCCAGAACGCAAAUAACACGGUUCUUCGACCGAAGACCUUGUUUACACCGUCCCUUACUACGGUUCUCACACUUGAACCAAACAAACUACCAACUGAGAAUUCUAAUUCAAGUGCAGCGGACUCCAAUUCUAAUCACAAUCCACAUAUCAUCAUCGAUCCCGCGACCCCAACCGAAACUUCGACCAACACUAACUCAAAUAUUAAUGUCAAAAAUACCAGUAGCGCAAGCACCGGUACUGGGCCAAACCCCCCACCGAGGUUCUUGCCUGGUACCAUUUGGUCUUACAACCACACCCGCAAGCUGGGCUCGGGUGUAGAGACAAGGGUGACAAGUCCAGGGGUCUCUUGGGUCCAUCCCGAUGGAGUUGGCGUGCAGAUUGACACCAUUACACCAGAGAUACGAGCUUUGUACAAUGUGUUGGCCAAGGUGAAAAGGGAACGAGAUGAAUACAAACGCAGGUGGGAAGAGGAAUACACUGUGAGGGUGGAACUCCAGGAGAAAGUGACAGAUCUGCAGGAGGAGCUGCAGGAGAGUGAGGUGUGCCAGGAUGAACUGGCCCUGCGGGUCCAGCAGCUGAAGGCGGAGCUCGUUCUCUUCAAAGGCCUGAUGAGUAAUAACCUGUCGGAGCUGGACAGUAAGAUCCAGGAGAAGGCCAUGAAGGUGGACAUGGACAUCUGCAGGAGGAUCGACAUCACCGCUCGGCUGUGCGACGUGGCCCAGCAGAGGAACUGCGAGGACAUGAUCAAGAUCUUCCAGGUGCCCACUCCUCCCUCCACCAUCAACCGCCGUCCUCGUAAGCAGACCCCUCAGCCGGCCAAUGGCAGCGAAGUGGAUGAGCCAUCCAGCAUCUCAGAGAGUGAAGGGGGCGGGGCCAAAGAGGAAGACAACUGCUGCUCCUCAGCCAAUCAGAUCAACGAGGAGAUGCAGAGAAUGCUGAAUCACCUGAGGGAGUGCGAGUUCGAGGACGACUGCGACAGCCUGGCCUGGGAGGAGACUGAGGAGACGCUGCUGCUGUGGGAGGAUUUCCCAGGAUACACUGUGGGGGCGGAGACACAGGGGGCGGAGCAGCCGGAGGAGUCCCUGGAGAAAGUGAUAAAGGACACAGAGUGCCUCUUCAAGUCCAGAGAGAAGGAGUACCAAGAGACCAUAGACCAAAUAGAGCUGGAGCUGGCCACAGCCAAGUCUGACAUGAACAGACACCUGCAUGAGUACAUGGAGAUGUGCUCCAUGAAGAGGGGUCUGGAUGUGCAGAUGGAGACCUGCAGGAGACUCAUCACUCAGACUGGAGACAGUAAGCCUCCCUCUCCCAUUCCUGGGGGUGGUGAAGAGAGUGAUGAGGUAGAGCGAGAGAAGAAGAGAGCCUCCCAGCCCGCGGAGGGGGGAAGAUAAUGGGUUCAUUUAGCACUCUGCUCCACCGCCGCCCUGCAGUUGCCCCCCCUGCUCACCCUCCACAGUCACAGCCUAGUUUAGUUUCACAUCGUCACUUCUAGGAAAGUACUGUUUACACUUUUUAGUCAUAGUUUUGUACUUGUGUGCAUCCUCCGCAGGCUUUUGUGAGAGUGGGGCAUAAUCAUCUGUCUGAUGCAGACCUUCUGAAUUGUGGUUUAUUUGCAACUGCUGUUGCUGUCGCCCUCUAGUGGAAAUUUGUAUUAUUACAGCAUUCAUUUGAGGUUUUGCAUAUCUCUGGCUAAGCCCCACUGUUUAUGGUAUUUAUUCGAAAGUGAUCAUUAAAACUUAAUUUAGAAGCCAGUAGACAUUCAUUAAAAGUCAAGGGCUGGUUGUAUGUUGUAAGAAAUGAGAACAAUGGCAUUGUGAUGACAAAGCGCAAUUUCAUAUAUACAGAUGAUCAGUAUGUUAAAUUAUGUAUAUUUUACGUAUACCAAUACAUAGAAAAUGAUGGGGCUUAUUUAUGUCGCUGUUUUUAUAUCGUGGUACUGCUGAGAUGUACUGGACAAUGCUACUCUGUACUGUACUGUACUGACUCGAAGAGGAACCAUUUAUUUUCAGUGACAACACGCCUUAAUGCGCAUAUACUGCAUAUAUGUAUAUAUAUGCAUGUAUGUAUGUAUAUACAUUUGGCAAUUUCUCUGAAACAAUCCACCAUGUAAUGCAUUCCUGUUGUGUUUAGCUGUAUAUAAGAAUUCUUCCAAACUGAAAAAUUGUAUUAUGUUGACAGUUGAUAUGGUUCAUUUCAUUUCAAAUCUCUGCUGAUCAAUAACUUAAAUCUUCAAUUCAUUCGUGUAAGAAAGCAAAAACAGUGAAUAAUCUGAGCUGGUCACUGAAAUAGAUUUUAUCAUCUUCGAUGUGCGGGCAGUAGGCAGGCCAAAGUUUGAAUCUUGAUUAAGUUGAUUUUUUUUUACACUGCACUUUGCCCCUACAGUAAUGUCAUUAAUGUUUCUAUUUUCGUAUGCAUCAUCAUCAAAAAUAGAAAUGGGGAUUGAUCAGAGAAGCUGACCGCUUAAUAAAUGCUACACGACGUGGCCAAAGCAUAUAUUUGUUAAUUUGCGCUUUAAUACGAGAGUUUACUAAAAAUUUACAACAAAAAAAAAAAACAAAAACUUGAAAAUCCCUCUAUACAUUUUUCUUUGUCAGAGGGAAGCGUCUACAUUCUUUCACUGAAACCAUCUGCAUUUCAGUAGUAUUUCCUUAGACUUAAAAACAUGGGAACAAGUGUAGAUAUAUGGAAUUGUUCCGUUAUCAGUGUCGGUUUAUCUACAUUCCCGCGUGUCGGUUAAAAAUAUGCGUGUUGUGUAUAUACUUCAUAGCUGACCUAGCUGGGCAGAGCCAGUGCCUGUCCGCUCUAUGUCUGUGUAUAGUGUAUAUGUAUGUACGAUAAAUGCCAUGGAGAGGAGUUCAGAGGGUACUGACACGCAAGUCUUUUAUUUGCUUUCUGUUCAUUUUCUGCACUGUUCUCGGACGUGCAGUGCUGUCAGGCAUUUACAUACAGAAUAAGUUUGGAACAGGCAGUCGGAGAGACUGAGGUGGUCAGGUUCAGACCGAACGCAGAGAGUUACUGAGUGAGGACCCUCGUGUGAGAAGGGCACAUACUGGAGAAGGAAGGGCAGAGACUGAUUUGCAACUGAGAUACACACACAGGCAGGCUGUAGCUUAGAGAGCUGGAGGCACACUCACCGAUGCUGUAAUCUACUGCUUUGGAGAAACGGACACACAGAUACUCUGAUUUAUUGCCGUAGAGAAACAGACUCGCGGAUAUGGUAAUCCGCAGCAUUUCAGAAACGGACACAGAUGCUGUAAUCUACAGCAUUGGAGAAACAGACGGACACACACAUGCUAGAAUCCACAGCAUUAGAGAAACAAACACAGAUGCUGUAAUCUACAGCAUUGGAGAAACAGACGGACACACCGAUACUGUAAUACACUGCGUUAGAGAAACAGACAGACACACACAUGCUAGAAUCCACAGCGUUAGAGAAACACAGAUGCUGUAAUCUCCAGCAUUGGAGAAACAGACGGACACACCGAUACUGUAAUACACUGCGUUAGAGAAACAGACAGACACACACAUGCUAGAAUCCACAGCAUUAGAUAAACAAACACAGAUGCUGUAAUCUACAGCGUCGGAGAAACAGACGGACACACCGAUUCUGUAAUACACUGCGUUAGAGAAACAGACAGACACACACAUGCUAGAAUCCACAGCGUUAGAGAAACACAGAUGCUGUAAUCUACUGCUUUAGAGAAACAGACGGACACACCGAUACUGUAAUACACUGCGUUAGAGAUACAGACAGACACACACAUGCUAUAAUCCACAGCGUUAGAGAAACAAACACGUGGAUGCUGUAAUCUACUGCUUUAGGGAAAGACGCACAGAUGCUGUAAUGUACAACAUGAGGUGGGACAGACUCUUCGGACAAAAAGCAGCCUGUUGUUGAGAUUGGGACUCCUAGUCUGAGCCAGACAGCUGCCAGUAUGUGUGGUUGAAUGGCAACAGUGAGUCACUUUCUGAAGUGAACAUUAUGAAAGACUGAUACGCUGACAAACAUACUGUGGGGGAAAUGUCUUACUAAUGUGACAACUGCCAGUUGGUGCUAAUCUAAAAACUAACUGGAGCACUGUUUUGCUAAAAUGCUAAUAUUUUACCAGUUAUUAAUUAUACAGAUGAACUGGAUAAGUGGCAAUGCCUAAACUGAGCUUGUAUAGUUUGCGGUAUAAGAAAAAGUGCACAGAAACAUGCAUAUUCAACAAUAGCAUUAAUAAUUGCAAUAAUUGAGCGUUAGGCAGUACUGCCAGGUCAGUACUUGGGUGUAAAUAUAAUAUUAAUAUUGGCAAAUAUUUGAAAGGUAGGGGAGGAGUGAGAGAAAGAGAGGAUAAAAGAGAUUAACCUGGAAAGACAAAGGAGAGAGCAAAUGACCACGUUUAUUUUGCGUGUAUUUUAUUACACAUGCCGUUUGAGUGUCUAUGUAUGCAUGUUAGCGUGUAUGUUUUGAAUGUAUACUAGUUAUGUGUUACAGCGUAAGUACUUAGGAAAGGAGUUUACUUGUUCACUUUCAGCAUGAAGGUGCAUGAAACAUGCAGAUUCAUACUGAAUAUCCUCAAAUUUGUUACUGUUCAGUGCAUUUGGCCAUACAAAGAGCUGGUCAGGGAGCUAUAUGUACAAUAGACUAUAUAAAUGUAUAUAUUAUGUUCAAAUCAUUGGCAAAAUAUCUGCAAUAUAAGCCUCAAGGUGUUGUGUGAAACUGGUUAGUUUAUAAAUUCCAAUAUGUCUUCAUGUCUUGAUCAGACGAAUAAGUAAACUUCUUUUGAAGAUAUUACCAAAGUGUAAAAAAAUAAAAUACAAAAAAGUGAAAAAAAUGAAUGUUAAUAUGCAGCGAUGGUAUGUAGGCUAUGAAAUGUUACGCAUUCAGGGAACUGAAAAGGGAAAAAAAUAUAACCAUGUAAGUGCUAAUAAUGCAGGCCACAGUCUCACACAAAAGUUUUGGCAAUCACAGUUUAACACAUGCAAUAAUCUGACUUGAAUAUUACCUUGAAUCAAUCGUUUGAAGAAGAAGGAAAAGCAUUUCUUUUGUAAGGAUCAUUAUUUCGGGGAGAAAAGUGUGCUUGAACUUCUUCACUUUGCACUGAAUGAAGUUGACAUGUAUCCGGUGGAAAUUUGUGGUGUGAGUCAAUAUUUUUUGUAUGGGACUGGAAUGCAUAUUUACGUAUAAAUCUAUAAGCAGGUUUCGCUAGCUUUUCCGUAGUGUGCAGAAAACUGGAAUGGGAUGAAUGAUGUACAGAAUAAAAGAUUGCAGAACAGUA